AAAGACAAAAAGAAAAAAAAGAAAGAAAGCAGAUAUUUCAUUUUUGCUUGGGAUGUCACCUGCGUGUCACGUGAAAAUGGUAAAAUAUUGUCUUACUGGUGUGGUGUGUGUUCGCCUCUCAGCACUUUCGUGCAACUCGUCUUUGCAGGCUUGCACAGUGGCCAGGUUUUCUCAUAGGUCCCAGAUGGCCCACGAGUCCCCACUUCACCUGGCCCCAGGUGUCUCCUGGGGCGGGGGGGGGGGGUCUUGCUCUCAUGUCAGUGUGGACACGCCCGUGCUGGGUGCCUGGUGGGGGUCCUGCUGGUCCUGGUGUUUUAGCGGAACGAGAAGGAGGCAGGAUAGAGCCCGGGCAGGACUGCCAGAGGGUGAAGCGAUGGGGGCCUUGCUUUCUCGUGAGGCCAGUGCCGUCUGGUUCCCAGGCCUCUUUCAGGGAGUGACUUCAGAGUGAGGGGCUGCUCCUGCUCAUGUGUCCAGCUGGGUACGUGGCAGCCCCCAGCCUCGAGCUGGCCGCCCCCUGGGCAGUGCGGGUUGGCCCUCGGUCCCCACAAGGGCUCCCUCUGCCCCUGCCAAGACGGGGGUGCAGGGUGGUCCUCCUGCUUCCCCUCCACUGUCGGGGUGAAGGUAGCUUAGUGAGAGGUACCCCCUCGGCCCUCAGGGCCCCUCCUCCCUUGGGCAGAAUGGUCUUUGUGGGAGAGAGCUGAGGCUGGGCGCCUCUGCACGGGGCAAGUGUCCAGCUGCCCCUUGAGGCUGGAGACAGGAGAGCAGGGACCCUAUGAUAAAGUUUGUUUGGCUGCAUAAGAGCAGCGCUGAUUAUAAUAAUCUGUGGCAACCGCAGCAUUUAGUCUAAUUUUUCCACUCAGCCCUGUAAUUACACCCGUCCCCUCCUAUGUGUCAGAUGGGCUUGUGUGAGUUUUAUUGGACUGUAAUUUGUAAGUCUGGCCUCUGUGUGCGGCCUGGUAGGGUCUGAGGCUGGGCUGCUCGUGACCCCGGGCUGGGGUGGGGGGGCGGGGAGGGAGCUCCCCUCCUGGACACCUCCUCCUGUUGCGGUGUGGUGUGCGGGGCGGCUGUCAGCCCCAGCCUGCAGCUGGCCGCCCUAUGAAAAGUGAGGGUUUUCAGGCCGGAGCAUGAGUCACCAGCAGUAAAUGCAAACCAUAUGUUAUGUGUUCUCUCCUCUGCAGUUUCUGGUAACUCGCUCAGGCCGGGGCUGUGAGUAUUGCAUUGUUUAGUGCACGCAAAAAUCCCAGGAAUGUGGGUGAACCUGUCUGAGAUCUGAUCGGAACCAAGUUUUAUGUAAUGAAACACUUUGUGGAAGUCACCGGUCUGUUCCAGGGCUGCUCGGUGGUCAUGACGUCACUGUUAGCCAGGCUGACAUUUACGUUACAAUUGCGAGUGGGGGAAACAGCGUUUCUGACGGUUUCGAUUUCUUGAAGAAAACGUACGUUGUGACUUUCCUUGAGACCUGGCUCCUGAGAGCACAGGGCACCCGUCUUUCCUGUUUGGCCUUUAUUAGGCGUGAAACCCACCAGGCUCCCCAGCAGCACCUGCAGCCUCUUGGGCCCUGCCCUGGCCUUUCCACGGUCCCUUCCCGUGUCUCCCCUGGAGGACCUUUCUUUUGGUGUCUUGCUUUGUUGAUCUUUGAGUUUGUUUUCGAAAGUGUGAUGGGCGGUGCACGUCUUCAGGUUUGCAAAAGGUGGAAGCAGUGGGACCAUCACGUUAAGGAAACUGUGAGCGCGGCGCUUAACAGGGACCCUGCAGACAAAACUCCGCAGCAGCUACCAGCCCCUCAGGGCGCUCCUGUUCCCAGAGGGCUUCGGAGCUGCUCCCUGGAGUGCAUCCUCUGCCGCGUGUGCAGUGCCUUCCGGCCACCUGGAGCUGGAACCUGCUCCUGGGUCCUCGCGCUGGAUGGGGGUCUGCCGUCACUGCCCAGCCCUCACCGGCGGGCUGACGCACGAGGCCCACAGGAAGGAGGUGGAACAGGUGUACCUGCGCUGCUCUGCGGGCACCGUCGAGUGGGCCUACCCGACGGGCGCACUCAUCGUGAACCUGCGGCCCAACACGCUCUCGCCCUCCCGGCCCCUGACCCUGUGCAUCAAGCCCCUCAGGAACUCCUCGGGGGCCAGUAUUUAUCUGGAAAAGACUGGAGAGCUGAGACUGCUGCUGCGGGACGGGGACCCCGGGCCCAGCCGGGCACCCUGCUUUGGCUUGGAGCAGGGCGGGCUGUUCGUGGAGGCGACGCCCCAGCAGGACAUCGGCAGGAGGACCACGGGCUUCCAGUACGAGCUGACCAGCCGGCGCGCGGGGCCGGACCUGCAUGGCCUGUCGGCCCCGUGCCGUCCGUGCAGCCACACGGAGGUGCUCCUGGCGGUCUGCACCAGCGACUUUGUCGUCCGAGGCUCCAUCCAGGACGUCACCCACGAGCCGGAGCGGCAGGAGUCGGUGAUCCACCUGCACGUGAGCCGGCUGUACCGGCAGAAGAGCAGGGUCUUCCGGCCGGCCCCUGGGGGCGGCGGCUGGCGGGGCCGCGUGUCCACACUGCUGGAGUGCGGCGUGCGGCCCGGGCGUGGCGAGUUCCUCUUCACUGGCCACAUGCACUUUGGGGAGGCCUGGCUUGGCUGCGCCCCGCGCUUCAAGGACUUCCAGAGGGUGUACAGGGACGCCGAGGAGAGGGGCCUGAACCCCUGCGAGGUGGGCACGGAGUGAGCGCCGGGUGCCCGGCGCUCAGGCUGCAGAGGUCGUGGCUGAGGACUCCCCGACUGACCUGUUGGGAAUGCUGUAACAUGCAAACUAAGUUAUUAUAUUUUUUUAAAAAGAAAUGUCCAUGGGAAGCAAACCCUGUGUCGUGAAGUGCUUUCGGAUGCCGUCUCGUGCCGUCUCCUGAAGCAUCUGGGCCACUGGUUCGGCCCCCUGCGCGUCGGGGGAGUGUGGGCUGUGGCCUGCAGCAGACGCCCGACUCCAGGCAUGGGCUCCGUCCAGCGCUGUUUCUAAUGGAAAUGCAUGGGGCUCCCGCCUAUGGUUUCUUCAUUCUGCUUUUGCCUUUUAAAGGAUGUAUGUUGCCAGCCGUGGUCCUUUGGGGGCUGCAGGGAAUAAAGAGCAGCCUCUGACGGA